GGACAAAACAAAAAUCAAGAUCUCUUGACAGAUCAUGAAUUUAGUGAAUUGAAAUCUCAUAUGAUGUCUAAAUUUGAAUUUAUUGGAAUCACAGAGGAAAUUAAACAAUUUGUUGCAGAUAAUAAGAGGAAAUUUAAGAUGGAUAGUAUAGAUGAAAUACAACAGAUUAUAAUUAAAGAACAUGUACUUCAAACUUAG